GGCUCCCGUACGCGUCCAUCCGAGUCGUUACUCAGCUUGAAGCUUGCAAUUUCACAGAGCUACGGGCCGGAUUCAGGUCGGGAACAAAUCUGCACGGAACUCCUCGCCAGCCUGAGCUUGGACGAGUUGCCGAGCGAGGUCAUGCAUCCUGCUAUGGAUGAUGCUCUACGGCAGGUGCAGGAGUACGUGCUGCGUGCCAACGCGUUUAUGACCAAACUGCGGACCCUGCGGAACUCAUCUGUCCAUGUCAACCGCGUCCCGACCGAACUUCUCGCUGAAAUAUUAUGUCACGCAAUCCCGCCGUCAAAACGGUCGGAUAUCUCUCUACUCAACCGUGUAACCCAUGUCUGUAGGCAUUGGCGUACGGUGGCCCUCGACGCCGCCGAGCUUUGGGGAACGUUGUGGAUUGACUGCCCGAGCGACUAUGACGCAUUCGACGAGUCGGACGACGACCGUGACGAGCUCCCGAGUUUCAUCGAAGAAUAUCUACGGCGAUCAAAAUCAUAUCCUCUUGACGUCACUAUCAUGGGCCUCAACGGCACUCGUGUGGACGACUGUAUCGAGGUUCUGCAGUCUCACCAGCAUCGCGUCCGGAAACUGCGGAUACAAGCGGAGGACCACGAAACCAUGCGAUCUGUCCUGCCCCGCCUUUCGUACAUGGAUGCCCCGCUGCUUGAGGACCUCAGGCUGGGGGCGGCUCUUCCAAGUUAUUCAAUCGUGUAUCCUCCGUUGAUAUUCCAGCCGCAUGAUCUCUUCGGCGGACAUUUCCCUCCUUUGCACUCCAUCUAUCUCUCAGAUGUGUCCCUGUCUCUCAGUGCCGAGUCUAACAUCCUGCGAAACCUGCAGCACCUCAUCCUCACGGGGCAGGGCAUCUCAAUCACCGAGAUGGACACAUUAUUCGACAUCCUGGACCGUUGUCCUGACCUCAAGACCCUCAAACUUCACAGCUCGGGAUUGUCACCUUCCACUGCACCUCAGCACCCUUCCCGUACGGACAGGGUUGUGUUGCUGCCCUCUCUACGGGUUGCAUCCAUAGACUGGGAGCAGUCCAUGGUCGCUGGCUGGCUCCUUACACACCUUUGCCUCCCUGAGACCGCCAAUCUGAACGUGGUUCUCUCCCGCGACGAUCAUCUGCCUGUUCGUGCUUCUAUUCGCACCCUUUCCUCCAUACGCACCCUGCGGAUAGCCAUUGAAGAGGAGUUACUUAUCCAGGGAUACGCGCAUCACAACAAACCCUCGUUCAUACGCAAGUCCUUGCGACCUACAAAGAGCGCGUUAAGUUUAUGUAUGCGGUUCCACACGGAGGAGGAAGCGCGCGAUCACUUCACUCAUUUUUUGCAAGCACACCGGGACGUCUCUCUGUUCAGCGCCGUCGACACUUUGACAAUCGGCCGCGGAGACUUUUACCUACCUGAUCAUUGGGCUAGCCUCUUCGAAGUCAUGCCUGGGCUGCGGAUGCUGCAUGUCUGCGGGGUCGACAAAAGCCUGUCCUCAUGCCUUGCCGCCCUCUGCGCGUCAGACACAGCACGCGGUCAAAGUGUGACAUAUGUGCGGCCCCGCCUGGCUGCGCUGCAAAUCUUGGAGAUACAAGGCAUGCGGGGCUUGCAGAAUGAAGACUCAAAAGCUGCGCUGACGAGAGCCGUGCGGCUCAUGAGCAUGGAGGGUGCGCUACAAACCCUGAGAUUGAACGGACGCUCUCCAUGGCAUGCGGGAGUGGAUGCGGAGCUCUUGCGACAGUUCUGCACGGUAGAGAUCACAGAAGUAGCCUCAGACUAGGGUUGAUGGGCACGGCUUGUACUCUAGCACGGUUUGUUCUGGCUGCCAGAAUGGGAGAUUCAGACGAAGUGAUUUGGACCUCCUGUUCUUUCUCAAUCUCCG